GGAGGUGCUGGAGGGUGUGGCCCAGACUAGCCUUCUCAGUGCCCUUCACAUGCUCAAUGGGAACUCGUCCUCUUCACUUCACCAUGGCGCAAACUCACAGGGUCCUAAAUAGUGAAGAGUUCUGCUGUCCCAUAUGCCUGGACCUGCUCAAAGACCCAGUGGCCAUCCCCUGCGGGCACAGCUACUGCAUGGGCUGCAUCAGAGACUACUGGGCCAGUGAUGGUGACCUGGAGACGGUCAGCUGUCCCCAGUGCAGGCAGUCCUUCACGCCUCAGCCCAUCCUGAAGCGCAACACGCUCCUGGCUGAGAUGGUGGAGAAGCUGAAGAGGACGCACCUCCAGCAGGCCGCCGCUGCAGCCUCCGGCCCCUGCUCGGACACGCCGGAGGAUGUGCUGUGCGACCUGUGCACCCGGAGCAAGCGGCGUGCCGUGAAGUCGUGCCUGGUGUGCCUGGCAUCCUACUGCAAACUGCACCUGCAGGCGCACUACGAGUCGCCCGCGCUCAAGAGGCACAAGCUGGUGGAGGCCGCCGGGCAGCUGCAGGAGAAAAUCUGCCCGCGCCACGACAAGCUGCUGGAGAUCUACUGCCGCUCCGACCAGAAGUGCGUCUGCGUGCUGUGCGUCCUGGAUGAGCACAAGGGCCACGACACGGUCCCCGCCGCAGCCGAGAGCACCAAGAAGCAGAAGGAGCUGGGAUCGGUGAGGAGGAAGUUUAAGCUGAGCAUCCAUGCCAGAGAGAAGGAGCUGCUGGAGCUCAGGCAGGCUGUGGACACUUUGAAGGAAUCUGCCCAAGGGGCAAUGGAGACCAGCGACAGGAUAUUCACAGAGCUGAUCUCCUCCAUUGCCAGACGGCACUCUGAGGUGCGGGAGCUGAUCAAGGCGCAGGAGGAGGCUGCCGCAGCCCUCCUGGCCCAGCUGGAGGUGGACCUGGCCCAGCUCCGCAAGCAGGACAUGCAGCUGGAGCUCCUGCUCCACACCGACGACCACAUCCACUUCCUCCAGUGCUGCCAUUCACUCUCAGGCCCCUCUGGUGUCACAGACCCAGCCAGCAUCCACACAGACCCGCUGCUGGACUUUGGGAAGAUGAGCAGUGCAGUCUAUGCCCUGAGGAAAAGACUCGAGGACGUCCUCAAGGUGGAAUGGCCAAAGAUCACCAGGGCAGCAAGCACUGUGAAAUUUAUUCAGAGUCCAGAGCCCAAGAUCAGGCCAGAGUUCCUAUACUACUCUUGUCCAUUUAAAUUAGACCCUAAAACAGCCCACAAGGACCUCUCCCUGUCUCAGGACAACAAGAUGGUGACGGUGCGCAGCAGGGAGCACUCCUGCCCAGACCACCCCGAGCGCUUUGACUACUGGUGCCAGGUGCUGGCUUCUGAGGGGCUGUCCGGGUGCUGCUACUGGGAGGCCGAGUGGAGCGGGAUGGGGGUCAACAUGGCCGUGGCCUACAGGGACAUGAGCCGGAAGGGAGAGGGAGGGGAUUCUCACUUUGGCCGAAACGACAGGUCCUGGAGCCUCUUCUGUUCGCGGAAAGGCUACUCCUUCUGGCACAACAGCGUAGUCACCAAGGUCCCCGGCCCAUUAUCGUUCAAGAUAGGUGUGUACUUGGACUACAGGGCGGGGACCCUGUCCUUCUACAGUGUCUCUGACACCAUGACCCUUCUGCAUCGAGCGAAAGCGACAUUCACUCAGGCCCUCUAUCCUGGUUAUGAGUUUGCCUGUUACGGAGCCUCUGUGAAACUGACUCAAAUGGAGUGAGAGAGAGCAGCAAAUUAGUGGGAAAGAAAUGGCACACUAAAAGAAAUAUUGAGAUGUAAAAGUUAAGAUUUCACCCGGUUGCUGUGGUUAGUUUCCACUGCGCUGGGGCAUGAGUCAUGUUCGCGUUGCUGAGUGUGGUUUGUUUUGGUUUGUUGCUUUCUGAAAAUAGCGACCCGCCAGGCCAGGCGAACAUAACAAAUUAGAAAUACUGUUUAUGGUGGAGUACAUCAACGAACGUGCCAAAAAUGUGCUAUCAAGGCGUGGUCAUACAAAUGUCCAUUAUAUGUCUUAUCACAUAUUUCUUUGAUACUGUGGCCAAGCUUACUGGCUGAUAUUUAUGGCUGCUGGAGUUACUGUUGUCGCAGUCCUCUCCUCCCAUUAGUUCAGGGCAGCUCAGAAGCAUUGAAAGUCAGCUGUCCCCUCAAUGACCCUUGAGGGAUUAAACCACUGAAGGCAUGCUCAGCCUCCACUUUUAAGUAAACGGCAAGAGUUACAGUACCAAGCACACUAUAGCUUUCUUUACUUGCAUGGUGCUGUUGCACUACUGUAAUUGCGAUUCAUAGGUUACAUAAAUAGGUUAGGUACUGUCCCAUUGAAAUAAAGAUCAGCCUAUA